CCAUGGUCUAUGGUUGCAAAAGCAAAAAAACAAAAAAAAACGAAAAAACAAAAACGAAACCAGCGCAAAACACUCACACACCGAUGCGAGCGAAACAGUUUGAAGGUUGUGUGGUGGUGGUGCUGCUGCUACCGUUGCCACCCUUAAACGUUAUGCGCUAUUGAUUGAUGAAUGUACGCACACAUAGUGAAGAACAGAAGCCCUCGGCGCAACACACAAAAAAAAACAGCUGCUGCCUUUGGCUUCUGGGUGCCGCCGGAACGAACGUUUUCUCGAUAAGAUUGUGUGUGAGCUGCUGCACCGAGCCCAAUCCAAAUAGUUCGACAAGAUGUGAAAUCCAUACUAUUACGACCAUCUCGUCACAACAGCAGCUCUGGAGAUCAGUGUAUUUGUGUUGUGUAAGUGUGUGGUGCAGGUGGUUUAACAACACGAGCAUACACGUGCCUCCACAGCAGCAGCAGUAAGCAGCCGCCUUGAAGCAAAGCAGCAGCUAAGAAGCAAGAAAGAAGUGGUGAAGAAAAAAUUAAAAAUAGUGUGGAAAACCCGGCUCACGGCACGUCUCUGUGUGUAACUUUGGCUACAACACACCGGUACGCGUGCAUUAUUCUCUAUUUACAAAUGCAAUGGAAAUGAGCUGCCGCAGGCGUUAGAGUAGUGUGCACGCUGGAAUCGCGGGAGAAGUUGGUGCGUCCCAUCGGUCGGUGCUGAUAGUGAUAGGAGGGGGAUGCGGAGUGGGUUUGAGAGAGUGGUGUUGGUGGUUGUGCGGAUUUCGCUCUGCUGAUUACAUAGCGGUGCAAUUUCAAGAGACACAUUUCUGGUCCCGCUUGCCCCAGAAGCGGGUGUAUUGGCAGGAGGGUGAAAUUAGUGUAACGCCUAGUGGUGGUGGUCCCGCGGUUCGCACACUGUUACGCGUGUGAUGCACAACCCCCGUACGCAAAGAAAAGAUGUGUGAGCAAGAAGAAGGGUGAAAGGAAAAAUCACUGCAGGAUGUGUGCAUGUGUGUGCGUGUGAUGAUUACCUUUGCCGUAACAGCGCCGAGAAAGAAAGUAUGUGUGAGUGUGUGGGUGCUAGUGGCGGUAUAGCUUGGUGGUGAGAAGCAAUGGAAUGUGAAAAUAGUUUUGAAAAUCAAAUUGCAAUAGAAAAGUAGCCUUAGAGCGAUAGCGGUGUAGUGUGUGAGGGAGAGAUAUAAUACCGCAAGAGGCAAGAAUUAAGUGAUAACGGUGGGUGCAUUUGUGUGUGUAUGUGCGAGUAUUUAUGCACAAGUUUGCGCGUGUGUGUGGUUACGGUGCGAAAGGUUUAUCAGUGCCCUAGAGCGUGAGUUGGUGAUUAAAGAAAACAUAGUUUAUCUCCCAUCGAUGUGGAGCCAACCACUACCACCGCCCCUCAAGUGCAAUAACGGUUCUGGUGGAUGAAGUGUGGUGUUACUUUCCUUCGGAGAAGGCGGCUCCGCCGACAGGCGGUAAAUGGCCAAAGGCCAACCCAACCAUAACCGUGGUGCCGUGCAGGAUAGCGAAGCGCCGAGAAGAGUAAUAUUGGCGCAAAACAAAAGUUGUGCCCGAUUAGCAUGUUGUGUGUAGUUUUUAGUUAGACGCGUUAAACCCGGGUGCGUGUGUGUGGGCUAACCCCUCCCAGCCCGGCAAAGAUGAUUUGUCAGUGAAAAAUAUUAAAUCGAAAAAAAACCGGCAGCAACAAUUAAUCUCUUCCUACUGCUGCAAUCUACGGCGCGUUGCAAGCGCAGUGCAAUGAACCAGUGCGGUCAUCAUCGCGCUAGCAUUGACAGAUACAGUAGCAUCGUCUUUUGUUUCUUUCGCGCAGCAGGAGAGUGCACGGCGUGUGUCUGCGCUUUCCACAACAUUCACACAUAAACGCAUAAACGAUUAGGACAUAAGAAGAGAUAGACCGCGUCGUCGAUCGAUCGGCAGAUCAUCUCCGUCUUCAUCGGCACUGUCGUCCGCGUCGUCACUCCGGACGACCGGCGUAGUCGGUGAAUUGGACAUGAACAAAUCGCUUUACCCAAGGCACGACGAUGAGCAUGAAAGGAUGGAGCGGAGAGAACGGGAUAAACAGGCCCGUGCCCAGCUACAGGCCGAACGGGAACCGGAACCAACAGCCCCACUAUUUGCAGCACCAGUUAAAGUGCAAAGUCCAUCCGAUAUGGACAUGCACAUCGCGAAGCGACUUGGUAACUUCGAGGUAGUCAAGAAACACAUCCUGGAACCGUCCACAUCGCAUCAUGUUAUCGGAAUUGCCCCAACUCCUUCAACGCCAUUGCGUUCGUCGAGCGCGAUGCCCAGCCUGGUCGCCGGUAGCCACCAUCGGUCGCUUCCACCAAAAACCAAUAGCAAUAGUAGUAGUACCAUUAGCAAUAGUAAUGUCAACUUCGUGAAACCGGCCGACAAUCGCUCCGUUUACAAUGGCCGGCCAUCGGGAUCUAGCGCAGGAUGGAACAAUCUACCGGGCCAUUAUACGUCCUCUUCUUCAUCCUCAGCGGGGUCGUUUAACAAACACGAGGUACACAACUUCUCAUCGAAAGGACCGCCUUCAUCCGUUCCACCUUCACUGAUGAACGGCCGUACCUCGUCAGCGGGAGGAAGUAUCGGCAGCAGCAGUGGUGGAACCGGUGGUCCAUCCUUUGGCAGUGAUAAGUUACCCUCGCAAAUGCCCAACGGUCGACUGUCCCAGGUUGCAAACUCAAAAAUGCCUAGAGUAAACUCAAGUGAUAUUUCAACUCCGCUCAAACAGGGCAGCAACGUGGAGAAGAUAUUGAACGAAAUGAAGAUCAACGUCAUGACGCCGCUGACGGAAAUCGGGGCCACACCGCGCAAGGAGUUGGAAUCGAAGUUUAACUUCAACAACCCGAGCGCAAACCCGAGGCACGUUUACGCCACUCUGCCUUCUAUGUUGGGGCCGCUGAAACCUUUGGCUGGAGGUGCGGGUGGUACCACGAAAUCGUCCCUUUCGGGAUUGGCGAUGCUUCGUCCACUUAGCUCAAAUAUAGAGGACGAUAAUCCAAACAAUGGCUCGGAUAGCGACGACGGUGCAGACGGAGAGUCGAAGAAACGCAAUUCUAGUGAUACCUCAUCGAAUGAAAGCGCAGACGAAUCAUCGAGCGAGGACUCUAACAUUGGCAAUAAAUUGGGAGGAACCGUUCCCGUGACUGGCGGUCCAAUGGCUGGAGGAAUGAAUGGAAAUGGUGUCAGCGGAGUAGCAGGAGAAGGAGCGACUGGAGCGGCUGGAACAGGAAAUGGAAAUGGCAAUAGCAGUCCCGUGCGGAGGCCAAGCGAUUGGUCACUGCUGAAUUUCCUAAAGCAGCCUACCAGCAAUAGUCAACAAGUGCCAACAAACGAAAGUGCUCCCCAUGGUGGUGGUGCUGUUGGGGAUCGCAUUAGUGCCCAUCACCAUCAUCAACAUCAUCACCAAAACUUACACCACACACAUGAAGAAAAUUCCGUAUCAUCUCCAUUGCGACAGCAAAGAUUAAGCGGUUUAAGUGAAGUCGUACAAGGAUUCAUUGCAUCCCCUAUUGCGGACGGACGCUCUGCGACGGUUGCACCUGUAAAAAACGAACCCCUGGCACCGUUGGACGAUGACCACCUAUCAAACGCGAGCAGUAACGCGAGCAAUAGCGAGCUGCCUGUAGGCCAGGGUGUAUCUUUGUCCUCCGGUAUCAAUGCAGGAUCCUCAUCGUCAUCGUACGUAAAACAGGAACCGUAUCCCAGCGAAAACAGUGCCUCGCCGCCCGGAAUCAAGAGUGAGCAAAAGGAUGACGGUGCCGAUCGGUUAUCGUUGUCUAGUCCUGCGAAAAGUCCGGAGCUGCAACAUCACGUCGGUAACUAUAGCCUCCACCAUCGCCAACAGCAGCACCUGUUUAAUGACAGUGUCGAACAGGUAGAUGUGAUAUGUGCCCUACAGGAAGCCAAAGAGUUUAGCCUGAUCAAACCCAUCUCGAGCAUGUCGGAUUCCGAUUCGGAUGAUGCAGUGAUACCCUCAAUGGUCGGUGGCGACCUUGAGCAACAGCACCGUGUAAAUCUCCAACACGUCAACACCCAUAUGUCUCAUCAACCGGAUGGAGAACCGGUGGCGGCGGGAAAUGGCGUAGUGUUAGCAUCAACGACAGCUAACGCUGUCAAAAAGAAAAAGUGGAAACGGAAGCUUAUUGCUGGAACCGGCAAUGAGCGUGAAACUCGCGAUAGUUCAACAAGCAGCAGCGAAGACGAACGAUACGGUGCCGCGCGAAGAAGUCGAUCACAGUCCUUUGAGAAGGAAAAGACGCAUCUGAAACCGCGAGGUCGAGUGCGUAAAGGACACAGUGGCAAUACUCAUGGUAGUGGUGGAGGUGGAGGUGGUGGUACUACAAGUGCCGCAUCCAGUGCUCGUUAUUCAGAUGCAGAUUCUAUAACGAGUGGAGGUGGACACCGGUCAAGCAAAACGUCCUCCCAUGGAUCAACACCUACCAAAAAAGGUAACGCCUCGUCGGCUAUAAAUUCGCUGCCGUACGCUCACGGUGAUACUGGAGCUGCGGGUAUUAUGAGCCCUCCGAUUAGUAUUCCGUCAGUUGAUGGAAUCGUCCUGUCGAAAAAGACAAACUCCCGCAAACCGCGCUCGUCAAAGAUUCUCAGCAGCGAAACAGUGCUUUCCACCGAGAGUAGCUCCUCUUCGUCGGGUUCAUCUGCUGAGGAGGACGGAGUAGCAUCGUCAGGAGAGUCUGCGGAUACUAAUUCUGGCCACGAACGAUCUACACCUGCACCAGUUGAUCCCGUUGUGCCAGUGACGAAGACGAAGAAGCAUAAAUCGAAGAAGAAGCUGGACAAAAUGGCACCGGCUGACGCUUUGACGAGCAACAUAUCAGCGGACAAGGGAAAUGGAUUGAUCACCAACGAUGUUUCUAUAAAAAAUGGACCCAUCAAUGGAAGCGGCAGUAGUCGGAGUAACAAUAACUAUCAUCUGCAGAAUCUUUCAUCCGACAGCAAUGACGAGAGGCCUUCUUUAAUAACAUCGCCCUUCCAAAGCAGCGGUGGAAGGUUAGGAGAAGUUGCAACUUGUGGAAACCUUCCCAAGAAAUCACAUAAACUAUCAAUCAGUCAGACAUCAGUCGAUGAGGAAGAAUCCCGUGUGCUCAACUCCAACGGAAACAAGACUGUCGACGACGACGAUGACGACGACGAUGAUGAUGAUGACGAUCGCUCCGAUUCUCACAGCGAUAGUGAUAGCGAUACUCCAACCAAAAAAGAAAAGAAACAAAAUAAAAAUAAGAAAGCGGCUCUCUUUGCUCGGGUGUUUAUCAACACAGCUGCUGCCAGUGGUGGCAAGGGAAAGGGCGGCAAAGGAAAGGGUGGAAAAGGCAAGGGUCAAGUUUACAUUGACCACGUUGAUGAGCUGAAUCUAGCGAAAAGCAAUGGAGCUUCGACGACACCAAACGCUAACAAUCAAGCUGGAACAGCAACUACCGAGAUGCGGCGAUCGGCACAUCAGCACCUCACCGUACCAGGACUGGUGGAAACUUCUCCCAGGCCACCUUCUGCCACAGGAGAGAGUCGACCCAGCAGUCAGGGAACGGUAGGGUUAGCGGCGGCCGUCUCACCUACACUGGACAAGAUGCUCUAUUCACAUACCAGUGGUGCCUUAAGCAACAACAAUGUUUCGCUCGUUUGUCGGAUCGAUCUAAGUCGUUUGUUAAAAAUUCCACCGCCACCACCACAGAACCGGCCCCAGUCUGGACUGCGAUCACACGAUAACUACAACGCACACCGCAGUGCCUCUUCCGCGCGACAGAAGAGCAAAAGCCCGUACGAUCAGCUGCACGGUAAGCGGCGGCGAAGUUCGGUGGGCCAGCAAGAUCACCACGAUCGCAGUGGCAGCUCAGUGCACAGUUCUUCCUCGACACCCAGGCUACUGGAUGAUCGUGUGUCGUAUGGUGGAAGCGUUCCCAAUCGACUACUGGCGGGUGAAUCAUCGCCAGUGCUAGAAAAUGGAAUUAUUGGAUCCUCCGAGCGACACAGAAGCAAUUCCAUCAACAGUGACCACAGUGGUGCCGCCCAGAAGGCGCGAGAUUAUCGCGCAGGACUGGAUGCUUCUUACGGAAAUAAUUCACCUUCGUUGCACCAUCGGCAUCAUCCGCAAACCACCUACACUAACCAUCAUCAACAUCUUGCCAGUCAAUCCGACGCUGGUUUAAAAGGCGUCGAAAGUGACAAGUACGACGAAAAAUUGUUGACAAAAUCCGAAAAACUAGGCUACGACGAACAGCGUUUGAAGGAGGACAAGACAACUUCCCUACUUUACGGCAACAACCGUGGCAGCGGUGGUGGAAAAUACUCCAACUAUGGGGGAGUGAUAAAGCAGGAGAGCAGUACGCCAGCAGCUCAAUCAUUGAUUAAACAGGAGUACAAUAGGGACGAUUUGUUGACGGAUAAUAAGCUGGGAAAGCCGAGCAUGGGACCUACGUUGACAAAUGGUACAACAGGAGAUGGAGAUACGGGAGGCAGUGGACGAAUGCGGAAGCGAUCCGUCAGCUCGGGGAGUAACAAUACGUACAAGGAGAAGCGCCGGAAAAAGGAUAAAUCAUCCGCCAACUUACAGACUGAUCAACUUGACCAACUACCACCAACCAAUCACGAUCGGUUAGAUGAAAGCUCAUCGGGAGCAAGCUCAGGUCGAACAGCGAUAGCAAUGGAGAGAAACGGACAACAGCAGCACAGCAGCACCAAUGUUCAAGGGCAACAGCAGCAACAACAUCUGAUGGUCGGUGCUAAUGGGUUUGAAUCGGGCAUUGCGCCCGUAACAGGCGGUGAUAUUGGACCACCAGCAGAAGUCCCAGUGCAAAUCAAAAAGGUGUAUGUGUCGUACUUCGAACGCAACGAGGAAGUACCGGAAAUACGGGACCAAAGCCGAUUUCUCUCGGAAGCAAAGCGGUUAAAGCACGCGGCCGAUCGGGAGGGAGACCAUUUAGCACAAGCAAUGCUGUACCUGGAAGCCGUACUGUUUUUCCUGCUCACUGGCGACACGAUGGAGCGAGACCCGAUUACAGAGAAAGCUGCCUUUACGAUGUACAAAGAUACGCUUUGUUUGAUUAAGUUCAUUUCGUCUAAAUUUCGUAGUCAACUACAAAAUCAAACGAUGCAGGGUAAUAUCCACACAAAGGUGGCGAUUCUCAGUUUGCGUUGUCAAUCAUUGAUCUAUCUCAAGUUAUACAAGAUGCGCCGAAUGGACAUGAAAGAAACGGGCAAGACAAUCGGCGAAUUUAAUCACAAAACCAGCACAGUACCGGCGGAGCUAGCUAAUGGUAAUACUCCGUCUCCACUGUCGCCCACGUCGGUUGGUUCGCAGAGCUCUGGUUACAGUUCUGGACAAAACAACCACGUUGGAUCAAUGCCGCCGAUGAAUUCUUCUCCUGCUCAAUGCAUUAUAAUGCCAAUAAAUGUCCACGCAGCGUAUCAAAAGCAAACUACGUUGUUUACUCAUCUUUCCACUUGUCUCGAUCUUUGGGAGCAAGCGGAUAGCUUAGUGUCACGCGGGAACCAUGUCGAAUUUUUCAUCGAACUAGAUCACGAAAACGGGCCCAUGACGCUGCACAGUUCCCUGUACAAUGUCGUAAAGUACGUACAAGCUGGGAUUCAGAAGCUUCGGCGUAUGUAACAUUGGGUCAUGCUGGUGGAACCGGUGCAGAAGCAGCUAGAACCGUUCUAGCCAAUUAGAGAACUUUCUUAUUAUGACAAUAAUGACCAACGACGAGCAGACGGAAACGCUGAAGAAUAUGGAAUGCCGUACGAGACGGAAGUAAAAGCCUCUGCUUGAACAAAUAUUUUUUCACACUCUUAAGUCUGUGCACAGCAUCGCUUUCUGUCAAUAUAAGAUGACAGAUAUAUUGGACCAGUACCGUUCUGUGUAUUACCACGCGAUCUACAUAGUAUCCAAAAGCAAUCCAUAUGGCGCAAAUCACAACUUCCACAAUUUCCAGAGCUAUGUUGUCAAUGGUGUUUGUUGCGUUACAUGAUGCUCAAAGUGACGUUACGAACGUAAAUUCAACUACAUGUCAUAGCGUUUCUUCAGUCAUAUGAACGAUUGCAAUGUACCAAUCAAAUUGUUAAAAUGAGAGCAUAAGUUGGCCGAACACUAGAAUCCAGCCGAAUGCUGGUGGGAAUGGUAAAAUCAGCAUACGAAAACAAUCAACAACAGCAGCAGCAGCAACAACAGCUUCGUGAUCUUUGGUGAACCAAAAUGGCUCAACUGUGCGCUUUUGUUAUUUUCACAGCCGUAGAGGCAACUAAGUAAUCGUAUUUGUUAUACAUGGACCACACUAGAGAGGGAGAAAGAGAGGGCGGUAUAAUAGAAUAAUUUAUAUGUUGGUUUGCUUUGUCGUUAAACAUACGCAGAAUGAUGAAUUAAGUUAUUGAGAGCAACUGCAACACUAUGUAAAAUUAUCAAGCUAAGAGAUGAUAAAUGGUAUUUAGUUUUAUUUUGUUGUGGAUUAUCGUUUUGAAAAGGUGUCUGCCAUUUUUUUAGAAACUUUAGUCGUUUUACUGCGAUAGGCCAAUUGUAGGAUCUUACCACAUUUUUCAUAAAACCAUCAGUUGAAGGGCGCUGAAUUAGAUUGUGCUUCAUAGUGGACUGAUAAGAGAAGCAGUUUUUGUCUCUUAAGGCCGUGUAUUUCGUGCUUAAAUUUGUCUGAGGCGUUUGAAUCGUUAAUCGUUCUUCGUAAGAGAUGCAUUGUUUUAGUCGGGCAAAGCUAGACGCGAACAGUGUUGGGAACAGUUUACUCUCAUCGAUAUCAGCAACCAUUUCAUAUCCUUCUUAAGGAAUAAUCAAAGACACUACUAUUGAACCAUCGAUGAUCCCGUUCCUAACAAUUGUAAAACAUGUAAUUGUAGCAUGGGUCAAGGUUGCGCGGAGGCAAGGAAAACGCAUAAUUUUCUUUUAUAUACACGGUAAAAACAAGUAUCCACACAAACAGUUACAUUUAGUCAAGGGGUACAUAACAUGGUGGAAAAUUAUGAAUAAGGCUAUUUUAUAUGUUGUUUAUAGAGUUUUUAAUUAUUUACAUGCUUAAUGCUCACGUAAUAGAAGGAUCACACACACACACACACACGAAAGACUUAUCAAAGAGACAUAUAAAUGGCAAGACUUUUAGUAAAGCACAGAAAGAGAGCGGUUGAAGUUUGUUACGAAACUUAGGAGAAGCAACAACAAGAAAGGAGUUUAAAUAUGAAUAGGAACCGAAAGAAGGAUACACAAAAGUAAUGCAACAGUAGUUUAAUUUAUUAAAUGAAAAUACUGUGCAGCAAUAGUAACAGCUCUAAAGCGAAGGACAAUGAUCCGUCUGCAUGAAAGAUAAUUUAGAAAAUUUUAGUCAAAACCAUACUCUACCGCUAGUUUCGCCAUACACUUGUUUUAUCUACCUUGUUCUACACACGUAGUCGAGAAAAAAGUUGGGUUUGGUAAGUCGUUAACAAAAGUUUGCUAGAAAUACUAGUUAAAUAACGUCACGGAAUGUGGAGUGUGACAACAGGUGGUGCCGCAAAGAACAGCAAUGCUUUUUUCUCAAGUCUAAACGUCACAAUUAUAUUAUCAAAUACAAUUAUGUUUUAUAUGCUUCUCUUUAAACUGUAAGUGUACAACACUUUGCUAAUGUUAAUUAAUACACUCUCACUUUCGUACAAUUCUUCACGACAUUUUUAUUGUUUGGCAGUUGUGUCUGAGGAGCAGGAACAAAGGGAAUACGGUUUUCUCGUACAUGUGGAUAUUAAGUCAAUCGAAACGUAACAUUUUAUUCGCAACACUAGAAGUGUUGCUGGAACCAUUACCAUUGUCAAGGAAAGUCUGCAUGAACCUGCUGGAUGGAUGAUAAUAAACUUAUUUAAUUCUUUUGUGCGACUACAGCAACCAAUAGCUAAACAGUUGAUAGUUAUUAUUAUGCAUACAAUCAACUCCAAAGAUGAUAGCAAAAGUAACGUGAAAUAGCUCAAUAAACCUACAUUCGGAUGUCCUACCUAAUUAUUCUUUGCAAUGAAGAGUGUUGCCACGGGAUUAAAGUUCACGUUUGGGAACGAAUCAACAAUUUGUCCUUGCAACAAAAGAUCUUUACAAAUGCAGUAAGCUACCAUUUGGCAUUCGGAGCAUUAUUGAAAGGUGUUUCUGACGAAGCAGACUAACUAUUUCUUUUACCAUGUUAUCACAUUCAAAAUUGUGCAUGCGUUUUUAACGAGAAUCAAAUGGUUUCACAUCAAUGGUACUCCUCUCCUUCGGUUCUUGCCCUGGAUGAAUGAGUGUAAUUGGUCAAGGUUAAAUUGAGAGGGUUCAUAGAGAUUAUUUGCUGCAUCUAAUGGAAACGUAUACUAAAAAGGGUAGUGAGAGGCAUCAAAUUAGCAAUCACGUUCUAGCCCCCGUGCAUGAUUAUGUGAAAUGUUUUCACAUUUCACAAAUCAUACAGUUAACUUUGGUGUUUUACUACCGUUAAUUUAGUUGCGAUUCAAUGUGGUAUCAAUCGUCCCGCAAUUCAUGACCCUGCAAUGAACAUUAACACAAUUUUAAGUUUUGCCUGCUCUUGUAUGUGCCACAAUAAAAGAAAUCUCGUGUAAUAGGAAAGUGGAAGGAACCAGCAAGAAUUCAUGCAAUUCAUGUAACUUACGAUUGGUAAAGAGAUGUCCUCUAGAGGAGAUAGAAUGAGAAUAUAUUGUGGGUAGGCAGAAGUGUGAGAAACCACACAACAACAACCAAAAGAAACACCUAUAUUCACAAAGUGCAACUCAACUCAAAGCAAAAGCAACAACUAUUGAUAAUUUAAGCGAAUGGUAAACAAACUGGUAACAAGAAAGCUGCGGGCGACUUUGCACCAAACUCUUCACAAAGAGCAACAAACUGAAAGCAUUACUAAACUAAAAGACUAUAAUAUUGUACGAAACCACAACACACGAACCACUUAAACCCGAUCACGAAGAGCAAUGGUAAUUAGGGCUACUAGAGGAUGAUCUAGAAGAUGAUUUCAGAUUUGAUGCGCAUUACUUUUAAAAAGGUGCGUAAGAAAAGGGUGUGCAGCGAGUGCAAAACUAACCAAUACACCACAAAUGUAACAGCAUUAAAGUUGAGGAACGGAUACGUUGACAGUGCAACAAAACUAUAGAUGAAAGGUCGUGACAGAAUUCAAGCAUCUAUACAUCUAACAACCGGUAUGAAUCAAAGUCCGAUUUAACGGUAAAUUAACCGGUCGACUCAACAAGCAACAUAAAGUUAAAUGAAACCGAAGCUUAAAGUGUAUUGUGAGAUAUUAUAUUAAUACUAUACAUCUAUAUACAUAUAUAUACGUACACAUCGAUAUAUAUAUAUAAAGCUAUAUAUUGUAUACAGAGUAGAGUUGAUCACGCUGUGGGAAACACAAUUGAAAUAUAGAGAUAUAAGACAUCAUAGGGAAUCAAUGAGAUAUAAAGAAGAAAGAAAAUAAAUAGUAAACGCAGGGGGUAAAUUGAAGAACAAAACUUAACAGAUGUAUCGGAAAGAAGAGAUUAGAGAAAACAUCUGCAUUUUAAAGCAGCUGACGCAAUUGGACAGAAACUAAAUCAAGCACACGGAUCACGAACGAAUAGAUUGAAGAGAAGUAAAGCUCGAUUUUAAGCAAACGAAGGAACAGCACAUAAAGCAACCACAAUUGACUUAGAGUUACUAUGUAAAAUAAACACACAAACACACAACCCACAACCUAGCAGCAAUGAAACGAAACGUGUAGCAAACGUGUAGUAAGUUAAACUAUAUUAAUAAGGAAACUCAACAAGAAGCAAGCAAGACAAACAAACAACUAAUGGAACACAACAGCCUCUCAACAGUGGGCAACAUCUUGGUGUUACACAAUAAGUAAAAAAAACUCCUUUUUUAGUUUCAUUUGGAGUAUUAUUAUUAUUAUUGCAAAUGCUGUGCAAUGCAAUGCAAAAAAACGAUAAACUAAUGAAAAGAGACGAAACGGGGGUAGGGAGUUUAUUUAUGGUGAUAGACAGAAGGCACACAAAGGAUGUGACCAAAAAAUGAAGGGAAGAUAAUCGCGCUUGCAGGUUGCCCUUUGGGAUUAACGGCCGCAGGAAUGUA